AAGCCAGACAUAUCCUUGUCCAGACAUUUUCCUUGCCGCACAAGUGUUGCAGACUGUUUGUCACCGCUGUGUUUUUAGCAUAGUUUGUGUUAGUGAAAUACAUAUCAUAGAAUAACUUAAUCAGACGAGUGCGACAUGAUUUCUGACUUAAAAUUGAGACCGUUGGCGGCAGGACUGGCAAGCUGAACGUGUUCUCAACCGGCCGUACAAAACGCAGAGCUGCCACUAAUGGUUUUGUAUCACUUUCACUUCAAAUGUCAAAUGAUAAUAUUAAUCAGUAUACUGAACCGCCCUAUGGUGGCGAUGUUGAUAAAACGUCCGCGAAAAAGCGUAAGUCUUUAGAUGUAGCUGGAAACCUGAGCUCUUGUUUAAAUGUGACUGAGCGGAGUUUUAAUGUAAACAUCGAUGAGUUGCGUGGUUUUCCGAACAGCCAGACUCCUCCAGUUAGGCUAUCUGAAAGUGAGGUGGCCGAUAUUCCGACUCAACUGCCUGUCAGCGCUGCCAGUGAUGGCACAACGGAUAGAAAUGGACAACCCAUCCCUAACAAAGAGAUACUCCUUAAAGGUGUUGGUUUUACCAGCACCUCCUUCAUUGGCCCUCUUUGUCAUCAAGGGAUUAUUAAACCAAAAACGAAUAUUGAUGAUGAACUGGAUCAUUUCUACAAAGAGCUUGAACAGAUUGAACCAAAAGAUGUAGACAAACCUGAUGACUGUAAUGCAGACAGAAGCACCCUUGCAAAAAAACAGCAAUACCCUGUUCCACAACAUGAAAUCCAGUCUGACCCCAGCAAGCCGAGGCACCUUGGGCCACCUCAUUCAGGCCAGUUGCCUCAAAAUCUUACACAAAACUUCAGACACUUGCCGCCUUACUAUCAGUGUUGGGAUGUUUCAUACCCACCUGCCUUGCAAGGGUCUAAUAGCCCAUUCCUCGGUUUUGGAAUAGAAACAAGGUCCCAGAGACCCCUGUAUCAAUUUCCCUCACCACUCUUACCACCACCACCAAGAAUACCACCAUAUCCUCUUGGAGAUGGAUCAAGGGACAACAUCUGGGGUUCAAACCAAGAAACUUUUCAGUGGGGAAAUAUGCCACUGAAAUCAGGUCAUACAUAUCAGGGUGACCGUAUCAACCACGCUGCUUAUCAUCAAGACCAUUACAAGUUAAUUCCAAAUGACUUUGGUUGUAAUGAACCCCACAGCAGUAAACCGGAUUGCUCCCAACCCUAUAAACAGUCAAGCUCUUUUUUACAGACAAAUUCAGAAGAAUUUAAGUUUUAUCAACAGGCUCACACCCAUCCUGGUCGAACAAUUGAUCCAGGCUCUUUGAAGUUAAUAUUGAUGAGGGGAGCUCCAGGAUCUGGGAAAUCCACACUGGCCAGGGACUUAUUGUCGUCUUGUCCCAAUGGACUGAUCCUAAGUACUGAUGACUACUUUCUUCAAGAAGACCGUUAUGUUUAUGACGCACGCCUACUGGGAGAUGCACAUCAUUGGAACCAAAGUCGAACUCGAGAGGCAUUACGUGAUUACUGCUCACCAAUUAUUAUUGAUAAUACAAACAUGCAAGCCUGGGAAAUGAAGCCAUACGUGCAAAUGGCUGUAGAGAGAGGAUAUAUUGUGUGUUUCUGUGAGCCUAACACUAGUUGGAAAUAUGAGCCGUCUGAAUUAGAGAGGAGGAACAAGCAUGGUGUCCCAAAACAUAAAAUAGAAAAGAUACUGGAACGAUUUGAACGACCCAUGACUGUGGAUAUUGUGCUAAACUCUCAGGAACCUCUUCGUCAGUACACUGAACAUGCUUUUAAACAACAGAGAAGGAAGAGGCAGUAUGACUGUUUUCAGUAGAUGAACUUUGGAGUUUAUCACUAAUAAUAAUAAUUCUAGAUGCCAAAUUGGCUGUGAACAUUUGGCUACAACUCAGGGAAUGAUUGUCAUUCAGUGAAUCUUUAUUUUUUACUUUGUAAUUUUUAAGAUUUUGCCACCAUAAUGAAAUACAUUGAAUAAAUAAUUUAUUUUCAA